AUGACCGUCACAUACACAGCCCGGGUGUCAAAAGCCCGUUUUGGCGGAUUUUAUAAGCUGUUGCUGCUAUGGAGGGGGAGUAUAUAUAAAUUGUUGUACAAAGAAUUUUUGGCAUUUUUCUUCAUGUACGCAGCCCUCAGCAUCACUUACAGGUAAGGCGUGAGUUGGACUCAAUAUUUACUGAACAGAUUCGGUUUAAUUGGUGAAUUUUGAGGGACAGGAUUAGGGGGCGGAGUUUCUGCUUGACGGGUUGGGUGCGAAAUGUCAGGAUCCAUGGGGCAAUUACAUUAUAAAUGAAAUCUCACACAUAAAUCAAACCUUUUGAUCAUGGCUUAUUUUGAACAGACUCCUACUCACUGGAAUUGUUAAUAUAAUGAUAAUAAAGAGGAUGUUUUAAGUCUCAAGGCUGUAAGGUGUACAGCUUAACCCCUUCAUGGCAACGGUUUGGGGAAAUUUCCUCUAUAUGAGGACUACCCAUCACUGACACUGGGGUUAAGGUGAAAUGGUGGUGCCUGUCGCAUGUGGCGUUCAAAGCGCACCGCUCUGCAGAAGGGUUGAGAGGGAUGAUCUGCAGGGCUGCCUUUUGUUUUGAUCUGCUUUGCGCUUUUUCAGAUUCUUUUUAUCAGACGAGCAGAAACGCUGUUUUGAGAAAGUGUCGAUCUACUGCAAUAACUACGCAAACUUGAUUCCAGUGUCCUUCGUCCUGGGUGAGAAUCCCUUCUUUUCAUUUAUUCAUUUGAAGUCAUAACGGUAAUCUGUACUGUAGAAUGUAAAUGCUCCCCUGUCCUCACCUGUUGUAUCCUAGGUUGGUAACACAAAUUCUAGGUGAUUUUUCAAUAUAUUGUUCAAUUGUUUCAUUUCUAAGGAAAUCACGGUUACUUAAAAAGUGGCAAGUAAACCUCCUGGUCUGACUUUGUUACGUUUGCGUUUUAUGGAGCCAUCACCUGGUUUUAAUCAGAUUUCUUGCUAGACCUUGUGCACUCAACCUGUGUUCUUCCAAAACUAACUCUCCUCUGCUCCUGCAGGUUUUUAUGUUACGCUGGUAGUGAAUCGGUGGUGGAAUCAGUAUCUCUGUAUGCCGUUUCCGGACCGUGUGAUGUGCGCGAUCUCCGCCACUGUACAUGGGACAGACGAAAGGGGACGAUUAUAUAGACGAACGCUAAUGCGCUAUUGUAGCCUGUCUGGGCUUCUUAUCUUGCGUUCUGUCAGUACUGCUGCCUUCAAACGGUUCCCGACUAUAGAUCAUGUUGUGGAAGCUGGUGAGUUUGAUCUUCCCUGAAAUUGGGAGAGAACAAAAUGAGCUGCGGAAAUGAACCGUCAUUCCCACCAUAGGAUGACCCAGACAAGAUGGAGUUAUGAUACACUGAAACUUUUUUUUUUUCCCUUCAGGUUUUAUGACUCGUAAUGAAAGAAAGAAGUUUGAAAAUCUUCGCUCGUCCUAUAACAAAUAUUGGGUUCCAUGUGUGUGGUUUUGUAACUUGGCUGCGCAAGCACGGAAUGAGGGCAGAGUACAUGAUGACCACGCUUUCAAAAUGCUCAUUGAGGUGAGAUCUGGUUGCAAUGUGAUGUAGGGUGCCGUGAUUGACAAUGAAUUGGCAGGGGACGCAGUAUUUUAGGGUGCUGUGAUUGACAAUGAAUUGGCAGGGGACGCAGCAUUGUAGGGUGCCGGGAUUGGCAAUGAAUUGGCAGGGGACGCAGCAUUGUAGGGUGCCAUGAAUGGCAAUGAAUUGGCAGGGGACGCAGCAUUGUCGGGUGCCGGGAUUGGCAAUGAAUUGGCAGGGGACGCAGCAUUGUAGGGUGCUGUGAUUGGCAAUGAAUUGCCAGGGGACGAAGCAUUGUAUCACCUCAGUGGUGUUUGGUGUUAAAGGGAUUCUCUAGUGCCAGGAAACCAAAGCAGUUUUCCUGGCACUAUAAAAUCAUACAGUGCCCCCCCCCCCUCCUGCGGCAAAGAAGGGGUUAAAAACCCCUUAGUCACUUACCUGAAUCCAGCGCCGAUGUAGAGCGUGAGGACAUCCAGCGUCAGAUACCGGACCAAAGGUCCGUUUCAAGUCAAGAAUUCCCUCUGGUUGGCUGUCUGGUAGCCACUAGAGGUGGGUUAAACCCUGGAUAGUAAUUACUGCAGUUUCUCAAUAACUGCAAUGUUUACUAUUGCAGGGUUAAGGGAUAUGGAACACAGCUCCCAGACCACCUUAAUGAGCUGAAGUGGUCUGGGUGCUUAGUGUCCCUUUAAAGGCUGGUGUGUGGGUUGGUGGAAUUUGGUUCAGGGACUUGUGCUAACGUGAUAGACCAGAGACAUUGGACUGGGGUGUGGUAUGCCGGGUUUAUACCAAGUUACUUGAAAUUUUCCCUCCAUGUCCUGUGUAACUAUUCCAAAAGCACUGCUUGCUGGGAAUUUAAUCGAUUUACUCCAAGCUCUUUAAAGAGGUUCUCUGGCAGCUUGGCAUGAAUUGUAUUGCCUCUAAACAGCCGAAGCUGCAACCAUGAUAGUACCUCGAACGCUGUCUGUGCAAAUUGUAAUUUACGUCAGUUUCUUAAUAAUCAAAAUUUACACGUGUAUUUAUAUAUUUUUAUUAAUUAUUAUUUUAUUCUUCCAAUAUUGCGCUGCAGAGUGUUAUGUACAUUUUACAUCUCUGAAAAAUGCAUUUAAGAAGUCUGGAAAGUUGGGCAAAACACUUGAUUUUGCAAGAUUCUUUUUUCAUUGGUAUUAACCAACCUGCUCUAGACUGUAAGCUCGUUUCCGUGUCACUGUGUAAUUGUCUAAUUUAUUGGAAAUAACCCCCCCAGUCCCCCCUUCAUAAUAUUGUAAAGCGCUGUGGAAUUAGUUGGGGCUAUAUAAAUACCAAUAAUAAUAUAAUGUAUUGUGAAAACAUGUGAUUUGAAAGAGUAGUGUCAUAGCUCCCUCUCUCUGCAUCGUGAGGUAUUGCAGAACCAGAUAUUGCCCAUUAACUGGAAAAAAAACAUUGGAACAACUGCUGCCCCAAAGUUCCACCUUUACUGGGGAAGGAAUGAAGUAAAUGGUGCUCUGUGUUGGAUGCAAAUACAUUGUUAUACAGAUCUGUAAAUCUAAUGGGUUCGGGAAGAACCAUCGAUGAAAUAUUUUGGAAGGGGGCUCUGAAGGCCAAUAUCCAAGUAAUGGUGUCAAUCUCUGGUCAUCCCUCCUGCUCCUGCUUAUAAAAAGUCCUUAGAUUGUUGAAGGCAAUUUUACCAAUAUAUUCCUCUUUCUCAGGAACUGAACAUAUUUCGGGGUAACUGUGGCAUGCUCUUUCAUUAUGACUGGAUCAGUGUCCCGCUAGUCUACACUCAGGUAAAACCUCAGUUAAAGCAGGUUCAAAGUGGACAGAGAGACUCUUUGAAUGUUCCCUUUAGUAAAUAAUAUCCUGGAUCUCACUAUUUCACUGCAUUGGUUUCUGCCUCCUUAGAUUCCCAAUGUUCUCCAUAUUAUUUAAAUUAUACAGUAAUACUUCUGAAGAUCAUUUUCCACAGUUUAAGUUAUUUAUUUUGUGUGUAUGUGGAUUAAUUGUGCUCCGGCUAGUAGGAGAAGCCAUUUUCCUGUGCACAGCUCUCCUUCUGCGAUGUCUCCGGGAGCUGGGGAGCACAAAUAAUAAUUUCAUGGAAACAAUUACGUUUUUUCCCAAGCCUUUUUUAACUUCCCUUUCCUCUCCUUCCUGUACGAUCAGGUGGUGACGAUUGCAGUUUACAGCUUUUUCCUGACCUGUCUGAUUGGGCGCCAGUUUCUAGAACCUAAACAGGGCUACGCCGGCCACGAUCUGGAUCUGUAUGUCCCAGUUUUCACGUUGUUGCAGUUCUUCUUUUAUGCCGGAUGGCUGAAGGUAAACGAAUACCGCAGGAUUUUCUAAAGUUCUUACUUUUUUUUCACAUUGAUUAACACGCACACGACAUACAAUCCAUCUAAAAUGUACUAAUUCCAUAACGCUGCAUUCCCUUCUGUAAGGAUUCUUAAAGGGACACUAUAGUCACAACAAUAACUUCAUCUCAAUGAAGCGUCCCUGUCCUUUUUAAUCUGGCAAUGGAAGACAUUGCUGGGUUGUUGUUUUUUGCUUUGGGGGGUGGGGGGAUUGUUGUGUUUGUUUAAAAAAAGAAAGUUAACAUUUCAGGGUUAAAUGCACCUGUAGGUGUUUUCAUACUGACAGCCACUGCACGAGGUGCAGAACCCCCAAAUGAAUUGCUUUCCUAAGGGGAAGCUUGAAUGUGCGUGUGGCGCUGGCGCAUGCCUUCCCAGUGACGUGCAUUGGAUUGGACAACAACGGAGACCAUGCACGAGGCAUAGAGUUGAGCAGUGGCGUGGGAGCCUCCGCUCUGGAAAAGGGCAAGUAUAAAGCUGAAUUUAAUUUUAUUUAUUAAUUAUGGAAAACAGGGGGCAAUAGAGACAGGAAUACAAACCUGUGUUCCUAACGCUAUAUUGUUCUUUUAACACAUAUGGAGUAAUCUACUAUGCCACAUUAAUGUUCUGCUAACCCUCGUCAAAGAUGUGAAUAAAACCCAGGAGGUGCUCCGAAAAAGUGUCUUGGUUUUCCAAUGCUAAAAGCAUAAAAUACUUGCCAGUAGCAGACUGAACAAGGAGUGUUACUCUGCCAGGAAACAUCGUGCUGUAGAGCGAGCGAGCGUGCGUGCGUGCAUAUAUAUAUAUAGUGUUGAAUCCGAUUUAUCGUAUCCAAAUAGAGGGUAAGCCCUCACAAUGAAAGGAAGAACUCCUUGAGACUAGUAACUCAUACUUUCUCAUAAUGAAAUGCUGACUGUGUUCUUGCAGGUUGCUGAGCAGCUCAUUAACCCAUUUGGAGAGGACGAUGAUGACUUUGAAACAAACUUAUUGAUUGACCGAAAUUUCCAGGUACGGCCCAGGCUCUGACUGAUUUAAUUGCGUAUUAUUUCUAAAAGCCUACAUAUUCUGCUGUGCUGUCCAGUAGGUAGACAGGACUCCUGAGUAAUUGCAACAAGUUUAACAUACAGAGAGAGGAGAUAUUGACACUGCUCACGUAGCCUUACAGUUGGAACCUUUCGAGAUUGUUGGUUAAUUCUGUGUUCUAGACGGACAUUUUAUUUAUUGCAAGGCAGAGUACAUGAAACUCGGUAGAGGGCAGUUGUCAUGGUAGAAAGGGUGUACUGGAGAUGUGACACUGAGCACAAGUUACAGAAGAUACGGACUAGAUUGUUAUCAGCUGUUAUUUAAAUACAGGAACGUGUCCAUUGCGUAAAACAAAACUAGACAUCUGGGUUAGUAGGUGUUCAGUGAACCUACAGAUUUGUCCAUUUAUUCCUAGGUGUCUAUGAUGGCUGUAGAUGAGAUGUAUUCUGACCUUCCUCUGCUGGAAAAGGACCGUUACUGGAAUGACUCCAAUCCAAGACCUCCGUACACUGCUGCCACAUUAUUCCAAAAACAUCUCCCAUCCUUCCAAGGUUCUACAUUUGACAUGGCGUGAGUACACCUCUUUUUGUGUUUCUCUAUAGAUUUGUGUAGGCCACAAAAACUCACUCGUCUUCUUCUCCUAGGUUGGCUAAGGAAGACAUGCAGUUCCAACCUCUCACCGACAUCGAAGAGAUGAAUGAAGACACUCUACCUUAUCCUAUGCACCCCUGCAGCCGUCUCUUUUUAGGCGUUGGGCAAUCUCCACUUACCUCCGCUGCAGGCCGAAGUGCACCUUUUGUUGUUCCUGGAAGCCGCUUCACUCUACUAAGGCGUUCAGUAAGCUCUGCCUCUGAAUCAUCAGACUUUGUUAUCCAAGAAACCAACGCAGAUUUCUCGUCCAACCCCAUGGUUGCCAUGUCAAAGCUAGCCCAGCGUUCCGCCAAGCCAGUGUUUCAUGUUGAGUCCCAAUCCUCCCUCCCAGCCGCCGAUCAAUCUAUGUCAUGCGACAUGGACAAAGAAUGUGACUCUAUGGAGGAGGAGGAGGUCAAAGAUCUAUGUGCGGAAGCUUAGACUGGAACUGUAUGAGCAAAAGACUGUAUGUAGCUCGACAACUGUAUGUAGCUCGACAUUUUGACCUUGCCAUCAUUACGGUUUCUUUGCUGUAGGACCAGAUCGUGCUACAGACUGAUCCAACUCCAUUGACAUCUCUUUCCCCUACUUACUGGGUGACACACUCUCUUUUUUACAAGGCUCACCACUGUGGAUAUCCAUCUCUUUGCCGAGCCCUUUUCACAGCUAAUCAACACUAAGGUCCAUGGAUUCCGGGAUAGGAGUUGGUGUUUUUAUGGACUUACCAUUAUUUGUAUUAUUUUAUUUGUUCUUUUCAUCUUCGCUGUUUUUUUUUUUGUUUUUUUUUAUAAGAAG